AUGGCCCUCAGCGCAGCAGCGCUAGUCGUCUUGACCUUCAUCCUCCCUUCUGCCUACCGCAACUACAAAGUCUUCAAAGCCUACGGCCCGGGCAUAACGCGCUGUUUCGGCCAUUCGGGCGCGAGAUUCUCAGCACGAAUGACUAAGGGACAUGGGAAGGGUGAUGAGGGGUUUUUAUUAUUCUUUGAGGAGGACCUUGGGAGCCGAUAUGGGGAAGAGAGGCGAUCCUCCAUCCUAUCGGAAGAGCAGGCAAACUCCGUACAAAUCAUUCCUCUGAAGUCCAGUCCCAAUGUCCGAACGCCACGAUGA